UGCCGAGCGACUGGACGCACUUGCUGAAAGUAAUGCAGAAAGAAAGUAUUGUGAUUGCUGAAAUAAAGUGAAAGAUAUGCACUGUCUGCCAACCAAACACUGACACCGACCUGCACAGUGACUGGAUACCAAUAUUUAUACACGAUGGAGUUAGAAGAAAUAUACCAACCAUCCACUAAUGACAAGGUCACCGACCUUGAGAAGGACCUCCAGUGUUGUAUAAAAAAUCCGCACUGAGUUGGCCGACCUGAAGAGUGAACUUGAAGAAAAUGAAAUACUUCAUGGAAUUUCACCCAAGUUCUCAGUCAGCUCAGUGCCAAUACCUAGCAGUGUGGAGCACUUCCGUCGGGAGAGAAAGAUGAUCAUCAAGAGAGCUAUGCAGGUGAGCGAGGCCCAGCCACUGAGGGUACAGGCUGACCUGAUGAAGACGGAGAUGAUGAAUGCUGAAGCACCUGAAUACACCCCACAGAGUCUUCCUCUACUUCUUCAUCAGUAUUUCACAGAACGGAUUCAGCAGCUGGUUCAGUGCAAGCACCUGCACAUGCUGAGAUGGAAGAGGUUCUGUGAACACACCAGCACUAUAGAAGCCCUCUACCCACUUUAUCAGAAGAAACUCAGUCACAUCCUGAAUGAGUACCACGACUGCGUGCAGCGCGCCCAACGCCUCAGUGUGGCCCGGGAGAGUCUACUGGAGGGCAAGGACACUCCCGUCACCGCCAUCAAGAUGGACGACCUGCUCAUCUACCUCCGCUGGCUCAUCUGCAACCUCCACUCCGUCAAACAGUUCAACCAGUAUCUCAGGGUCCUCCAGUGGCUGCCAGUGAGUCACCAGUUAGAGAUCACACCUCCAGACCUAGACAAAGUUGAUCAGGAGGAGACAACUGGUGCCUCUCGCUUCGCAUCGCGUUACGACGACGGCAUGGGCCUGUUCCCAGGAAGUCGUCCUCGAUCAGGACCUGCAUCCAGACCAAGUUCUGCUGCCUCCACACGCUCCAUAUCAACCCCUGUCCCUGCCCCACCCCCUAUCAACCUCACCCUCCUGUCCACCAACCCCCUCCCCUCCUCCUCCAUGCUGUAUGCUGCUGCUGCUGCAGGAGGUGGUCUGGCAUCAGAUGAACACAACUUGUGUCUUCCCCGUCAUGUUACCGACUACGAUGCCUUGAAGCCACAACUUGCCUUCCUGGUCAACAUAUAUGGCAUCCAGUUUGAUUUGGACAGUAUCCACAGCAGUGCUGAUGAGAUGGAGCUGUUUGCCGCCAUCAACCGCAGGUUCAAGCACAUCUUCAUCAAGCAGGAACACAUGAACACAUUCAAGAUGUAUGACAGGGUUGAGGCCGGGCAGGAGGCAUGGGGUUCUGACUCCCCAAACCACGCCCUCCUGAAGGAUGCCAACUGGCAGUCAUUCAUCACUCUCAAGUCAAAGAAGGAUUCUACCCAGGAGAAGCGAUGGACUCAACUCCGUCAGACCAACAACGUUGAUGAAGUUCUGCGAGUCCAAGCUCACUUCCUCCAUGUGACUGAUGCAGAGACAGUUCAAGACACCCUGCGCCAACAGGCAGGCAUGGUACGCGACCCUCCGCAUGUGCAAGCUGCUUCUGUGACGUCACACCGCACCCGUAGCAACACCGUGCAGGUGUGGAAAAAGAUAUACUCUAACCCAGAACUGUACACUGAUGCUGAGAGGCAGGAUCAGGCCAGCCCACAGGAGUUUGAUGAGAGGGACCUAGAGAACGUCAACUUCAGUGGGAGUCAGACCAGGGCUUCUAGUGCUCGUAAAAGGAAGGACAGUUACGAUUACGUGAACACAGUGCAGAUGCUGGGUCUUGAUGAAGGAGAACAUAACCAGAACGCCUCUGUCAACAUCCAGGGGGCAUACCUCUCCUUCCUUCAGUUGAGGCAUCUGAGGCUGAGAGAUCUCCGCAGAUCAUGUCUCAGCAUCAUGAACUACUUCCGCUCCAUCGAGAGAUCCCUGACCAUCAACGAUGGGGGACUGUCACAUGAAUCAGGCAGCAUGAAGAGACAAAGUGCACAGAACCAUCGUCGCAACACAGAGACGGAUGGUACAGUCGGAGGUGGUGGUGGUCUCGGGUCUCACAGCUACCUCCACAACACACCGGCAGACUUCAAAAUGAGUGAGUCAGAAUUUAUAGAAUUCUCAGAGGUAGAAAACCAUGAUGACUUCUACACCAUUGAGGAGGGCCGCAUCCACGUUGUGGACCAGAGAGGUUAUUACAUCAUGUAUGACACGGCUGUCACAGAUGUAGAACACUUGGAGAAGGACUUCAUGCUGAUAGCCACUCACUUCAUAGAGAAGGACCGAGAUCUUCGCAUGUCCACCAGGAUCAAACUCAGCGAGUCAUCCCGACGACGAACGCAAAACAGUGCUGGAGACUUCGACAUAGAGAGUUACGCCCAUCAGGAGCUGGACAGGUUUGGUGUGAUGCUGGACUUGUGGAGCAAUGAAGCGGCCUUCCUAGAGUGUAAGAGAGAGCUCCUGGACUGUUACUUUGAAGCCUACCAGCAUGUGUUUGACCGUGACGAGCGGAGGUCACUGGCCCAGGUUAUCACCGACAUCAUACACAAACGACCAAGGUUUGACUUCAGCUCAGCCUACUUUGUGAAGACCUACAGGGCAGAGUGUGUUCUGCUGAGGCAACAGGCUACGCUCGUCAAGACCAUUCUGGAUAAACAGGUUGAGGAGCAGAGAGAGUACACCCAGAGGGUGUGUCGAGACGGGGACACAGAGUUCGGCCUUCCAUACAGGAUUGUACCCAAACAGCCAGUCUCCAUCAACCUCAGCAGACCUGCCCUGAAGAACGUGUUUAUGCUGGAGUUCCACCCUACCCUGGCCAUAGCCAGCAGGAUCCCCGAGGCCCUAGAACAUGCACUCUUAGAGCUGAUCCACAUCCACAAGCCGGAGUCGGUGUUCGACACGCUGAUGAUGGAGAAGAAGAUGCUGGAGGUGGCGCAGCGAGAGUGGGACAGGAUGGAGAACAUGGGGGCCUCCUACUCCCCCCAGCUGCAGAAAGAUCUGUUCUCGGACGUGUACUGUGACGACCCUCUGUUUCUGUGUGAGAUCGCCCAGAGCCUGGUUACCCAGCAGGACCAGGAGGGGGGCAGCCGCAGGUCAACCAAAGAGAAACAACUUGGCAUGGUCAACGUGUUGUCCAGAGUCAUGGAGACGGUCACGCUCAGAUCCAGAUUAAUGGAUGCAGCAUGGGAGACAGAGAUCCUUUCAAAGAUCUACCGACAACAAGCUUCGGAGAUGAACUUCCCCGAUUGUCACAUGUACCUGCGACCAAUUCAGUUUGAGUUUGCCUCCUACAAGGAUGACGCCAAGAAACCACCUCCCAUCUUCAUCACCUCCGUCCAGGGAGACGAAUCGUCCAUUGAAAGGUACACCCCCCAGAACAAUGUCAUCUUCCUUGCAAUUCAUGAGUUGGAUGAGGGACAGGUGGGAAGGUUUUCAUUCCGUAGUCGGGACGGAAUCUUACAGAUCCUGCGUACUGGCGGUGUGGAGAACCUGCAGGUGGUGUUGAAGGCCCAGACUGUUCACAAGAACGCUCUCAUCUCAGCCGUCCAGCAGGCCAAUGUGUGUCAGCCAGUCAGACAGCAGGACUGGAAGAGUGGGCGUACAAGUCCUACUGAGACGAAGAGUGAGAAGUCGUCCAUGACACAGUUCACAAGCAUCUCCAGUGGAACAGGGGGCACGGGGCUUGCAUCUAAACACCAGUCAGAGACUGGGAAGUACCGACGCUCCCCUGAAGCAUUCAUCUCCAUGCAGCUUGAAAAGCGUCCGAGCCGUGACUUGAUGCUGAAUGACUACAUACAGAAGAAACAGCAGAUGGGCACUGUGUUACGGAACCCUGACGAGCAGGAGAAACUGAAGCGGCGCCUGAUAUCGGAGUACUGCAUGAACUUCUCCCAGCGGGUGUCCCAGUACUCCCUGAGAGGCCAGAUCAUUGCUUACUACAACAGCAUAGUCCGGCUGCUGGAGGACUUCCCGGCGGUCAGAGACACAUACUUCAUGCGAGGGGAAGUGAAUGAGAAGAAGACAGACUGUGAUGACCUCAAGGGGUUGGUGUCAGAUGCCAAAGUGUUAAAGACCCGACCACGCCGUCUGCUAUCACCUGACGGACGCCACGUCCUCAACCUGUGGUUCAUCCCUCAUCACUCCGAGGUGCUGAUCAUGUUCAAGACAAUGGAGGACAGUGAAUGUCUCCGAGCCUUGCACUACACACUGGCAAUCAUAGCUGCGCUGCACGACAUGUUGCACUACCUGUGUGCACACUCGCGCCUCGGCAGUUCCCAUGCAAGACUUGGCUCCCAGAAGAUGGAGUUUGUGUCUGCCGACUGGGGUGGAACAGAAGGGAUCGGUGCUGAGCUUCGCGAUAUCCAGAAGCAGAUCAACAACUUGCCGGACCCCACCAACCCUGGCAGCGUGGUGGAGUUCCUCACUCUCAGACGUGAUGUCAUGUUCCUAGAAUUCGACACUGCCGUCAGACACUACAUGGCCGACACUUUCCUCUCCACCGGCAACCAACAUGGCUUCAAGGCCAUUACAGAGAACAUGUACCAUGCCCUGCCCUCCCUCAGCAACGUCCAGCAGACCAGUUUGACCAGCACCUACCUGUCCGUGCCAGAACCCCUAGAGCCCCGCGACCUCCUGGCCAGGAAGCUGUACCCCUGGAGGUCCUUCGUCUGCCAGAACGGCCCCUACCCACUCAUGUUCUGGCAGUGGCACCAGAUCGGCUUCCACAUCCAGGGUUGUCUGGCUGGACUCAAAGAUGUAGACAGACAUGUGGCUAAUGGUGAGAUCCUGGGAGUGACACUGCUGAUGGAGGACGUGCUACAGACCGGCUACCAGGACACUCAUCUGGAGGCCGCCGUCCCUGACGAUGCAGAUGUCAAGUCUAUAGCAGACACUACAGAGUCCAGUGCUGGCGAGAGCAGAGAGGCCAAGAAGUCUCAAGCGUCCCAGCAGUCCAAGAGUCUGUCACGAACCCAGCAGCCAAUGGAUGCCUACCGACUCCUGAAGUCCUUCCUCAAGUUGUGGAAGUGUCUGGAGCUGGCCAAGGUGGAGUGGGGCAGACGCAAGCUGAUUGUUGAGAGGAUAGAGACCCAUCACUUGUACAAGGAAUACUGCAAACUGUACCGUAUGGAGGUGUUGCUGCCCGUCCUGCAGAGUGUGGCUCGACGUCUAGGUCAGGGUGACCUGUACGAGGGGCUGGUGCUAGAUACAGACACUCUUGUCAUGCCUAAAGGGGCCUCGGAGAUUGAAGUCCGGGCCAAACAGCUUGUGCGUCUGUUUGAGAAUCUAGAGUGUCACAUGAUUAAUGAGGUUCGUAAACGAGUUGCGAAGGAGUCAACCCUUGCUCUGUCGGAGAGAUCUCGGGAAGAAGGUGCUCUGUCCACAGACCUAUGGAAGAAGCCGGUGAUGAAGGAGAGCUACACCAUCGCCAGGCCUCACGUUGUGGAGAACUUCAUGGAGUCACUGAUGUCGGACUGCAUGGAGUCCGGGGAUGAGAUCACCUUCAGCAAGAGCCACCUGUACUCCACUCUAGCCAGCCUGGCCAGGGGAGUGAUGGGCCGAGAGAAGAUGGCAUUUGAGAGUUACAGCAUGUACUAUGAGAACCUGCUCCGAGUCAACCAUCAGCUGCUCUACCAGAGAGAACAGGAAAUUAAGCAGAUGCGUGAACAGCUGAAGGGGUCGCAGCACACAGCCACCGUGGACGUCCAGUGUCAGCUAGCCACACAGGCACAUGACCUCCUCAUGGAGAUCACAGCACUGCGAGCGAAGAUAGCAGAGAUGCGAGAGAUGUUGAUGACACAGGAGCGAGACAUCCGAGACCGGAUCAAGUCGGAGUACGAGGACUUAGUGCAGAAUCUCUUUAACUGUACAUUCCAACUGCGGGGAAAGUUUGAUGAGUUCAAAGAUGUGUUGUAUGACGAUGUGUUUGAGAAGAUCAGUGAGACGAGACGAGAGGCUGUUGAGGCCAUCAGUAAACUGGAGAAGAAAGUUGGAGGUGGAGGAGAUGAUGAACGUCUGAAUGAGAACCUGAGUCAGUCAGACAAGCUGCGUGGUCUGCAGCAUGAGAACCACACCCUCAACAACCUGGUGCUCAAGAUGAAGACGAUGACCAGCUGGAGGCAGAACCACUCCACCAACAACUUCCUCAAAACUAUUGGCCGUCUGCGUAACCAUGCCAACAACAGCAAGAAGGAGUACAUCGAGGUGAAGAUGUUGGCGGAGGAAGAGGUGAUCCUGCUUCGGCAACAGCUGAUGGCUGUCAAGAAGGCGUUGGCUGAUACAGAGAGGGAGGGAGAGGACAUCAAGAAACAGCUGGACAAGGAGAUGAAGAUGAAACUGGAGAAGCAGCACGAGAUCAUGCAGAAGGAACGCAGCAAGAGACAGCUUGAGCAGGCCAAGCAAGCCAACGUGGAGAAACUGCUUGACGAGCUGGAGGAUAAGGAAGUACGACUCCGGAUCCUGUCCGACGAGCAGGAACGGAAUGUCCGCCUCCAGUCCAUGACCCAGGAGAAGGUCCGGAAGGAUGUUUUCAGCAUCAAGAAACAGCUGACACAUGAGAGGAACCUCAAGCUGGAUGCCUUCCAGCGUGUCGAUGAACUGCAGGCUACGGUGUAUGACUAUGAGACCUCUGUGAAUCGGUCCCAGUCAUCCGCAGCUCUUCAGCCACCAGUUCCAGCUGCCAAGGUCAGGUCAAGGGCGAUGUCAGCAGGCGUGGCAGGUCGUCGGCAGAUGGUGCCAGGAAGUCGGGGGACAUCAGCUGGGGGCAUGUGGCCCCCUCAGAUCACCUGGCCGGGGAACCGCAGCCCCUCACCCAUGGGGGACACCCACACCCUCCUGAACAACCUGGACUAUAAGAAGAUGCAGCGACCCAAGACUUUAAUGAGAGCCAAGGUGGGCGGACGAUUACGCAGCCGAAUUGCUGAACAGUUGCUGAACGAGUUUGAAUCUGACCACCAUCAAACCAUUGUCCAGUUGGAGGAACUACAGCUAGGGGAUGGAAGACCAUAGGGGGCAUAACCUAUAAUUUGUAUGGCAAGCCAUCAGGGCCAUGAUCUAUAUGUAUGGAAUGGUAGACCAGGGUGUGUUCUGUCGUGUUCUGUCAUUAUAGAAGGCAGUCUAAUUCUUCUGGGUGUGUAUGAAGUCUCUAAGCCUUGUGUUAGUUACAAGCUUGUGUAAGUUGCAUCAAUGCUACAUAAGUAUUACAGUGUUACAAUAUUACAAAUCAGGACAUUUACAUCUGUGUAAGUAACCAGAGUAUCAACUACAACAUAAUCUUCAGAUGAUGAAACUUCCCCGAGAUGAUUCUCUUCACAAUUUACUUAUCUUAGAUGCUAAAAUUGAACCAAACUUGAUUGUAUGUCAGGCCAAAUUUCACAAUAACGAGGCAAGAACUUCCAUCAGUCUUGUUCAGAUACAGGAGUUAUGGCACUACUACUUCUGCGAUCAAGUCUAAACAUAGCCAUGGUGAUAGUAAUUUACUAAAGUUCCUGUAAGUUGUAAAAAUUGGAAUAAUAUUAAUAAAUGAUUUGGAUUGUCUCCUGUACAUGUAGAAUGGCUUGCAUUGCCUCUGUUGGAAGAUUGUAUCUUAUAGGCUGUUUUCAUUAGUGAAACGAGAGGCAUGGAAUAUGUGGGAUAAAUGUGGGCUUGAUGAUCUAACUGAUUGGAUGGAAUUGUUGUACUAGUUUUGUAGAUUGGGUGGAAUACAUGUUCUAUAGUCUUUGCAACUCUAGUUUCCUGAAAUUAUUUCCAAAAUAUCUGAGAGAGUUUUAUAAGUGAAACUGUUGAAAGUGGCAUUAAAACCUGACUCCCUCACUCACUAUUUUGCCAGAAACCAGAUUGAUGGUUUAUGGUGAUCAAUGACAGUCUUGAUGUUUACUUACUUCUCGAAACUUGCAGAAUUUCUGUGAAUGCUUGAUACUCUCAUUACGUCCACAUCACUGUGAUAUGGCGUCAUGAACCUCUAUGCAUAUACUGGACCUUCGUCAUAUAGCUGGAAUAUUGCUGAGUGCGGCGUUAAACAACAAACCAACCAUCCAACUAUGUGUAUAUUUAUAUAUUUUAUAGCUUAGUGCCUCUGUUUUUCUGUCAACAGAGGCAAUGCAGUUUUGUACAGAUUUGUUAUUUACUGAAAUGUUUGAAUGCCAAAGGACAGAGGCCAUUUUUAUGCAGCAUUAUUCCAUUGCCAAUUUUACCAUUUGUAUGACGCAUCUGUUUCUUAGAACAAAUCUGUGAUACUUAGAGAUGUUUUUUAACAUAUCCAAGGAGUACAUGAUGAUCCAUUAUUCAAUAUUAACAUUAUUUACACUUUCCAAGCCUAAAUAACAUGAACUUAUGUUUUACUCCAGUCAUCAAUUUGACAUGUUGUUUUAGUUUUUGUAUGUGUUUGGUGAUCAUGGACCAAAGGAGAAUCGUGUAUAUGUUGUAAUAAUGAACACAUCUACAGAAACUGUUUAGCUCAAGAUCAGCCUCAUGAAAGUGUUUUCUAACUCUGGAUGUAUGUUCAACAAUCGGAAACACUGAAAAGUUGCAGUAAUCUGGCGCCAAGGGAAGCCAAAAGGAGUCUUCAGAACCCUAAGACAUUAAUAUCAGCAAGAGCUCUAGAAACUCAGGUCAUUUUGACUCCUUGCGUACUUGGAGCCCCAAAAAGCCUUCUUUGAUAACAAACUCUGAUUUCUUUGAAGCAUAUAAUGCAGCAUGAGAUUCUGCAGGUAGUGCCUUCCAUAGCCUUGCUUCCAAAUAUGUGGUAGAAGAAUGCUUUGGAUGCAGAGUUGCCUCCCCUUGGUGUGCCAGGAACUUAUGAUAGUUUUGGAUCCUAGAUGUGUGUGAUUAUAUACCUUGGUUUUUCAGAUGAUAACCUCAAACAAAUAGUGUUUUAUUGGGACUAAAUUUGUAAUUACUCUUUGGAAAAAUUAAUUAGGUUUUUUUAAUGAACUUAAUGUUGUUUUAUUUUUAAUCUGAUAGAAUUAAGGACCCUUUCAAUUCACUUUAAAGAUAAUUGUUUGAGUAUUUUACAAGUGACACAGACUUUAUGUGUUUGAGUGCUGUACAAUGUAACUGUGCCUCUCAAUCUGUGAUACAGUCAGCAUAUUGCUCUUGGGCACCUGUUGUUUGAAUAUGCUUGUAUACAUUUUUCACAUCUCUCCAAAUGAUGAUAUAUUUGAGAAUAUCUAAAGGUACCCAUGAACCAUAAGUUCUUGAAGUUAUGACUUUUAUGAGAUAAUGAUUAUCAUAAACAGUAAAGUUUUAAUUCAUCCUCACAUUUUACAAUUUUCACUUUUGACAUGUUUUGGGCUGUACUCUUUGUGAUAUGAUUUAUACUGUACAGUAGAUGAAAAACUCCUCAUGAAUCACUCUCCUAUCGUUUAUACAUGUAGAAAAGGUAUUGAUGGUGUAUGGUGUUAAUGUUUGAGACAGAUACUGGCCUCAAUGUUCGUAGGUGCUGAAUCUUGUGGUGUAGGAACUGUGCCUUUGUGUAUGCAAGUGACAGUUUAUGACAACAGAUAGUGUUAGCAACAAUAUUUUCCACAGCAAAUACUGCCUCUCUUUCAAUUUCGUUCUACAAGGUUUGUGGUUUUGAUUGUUAUUCUGUUGGGGAGCUUCUGGUAAAUGUUCAUUGUGAAUCUGAAUAUAGUGGAAGCUGUCUAAACCUGCACUCAUCAGGACUGAAGAAAUAAUCCGGUUUAGACAGCAUGCCAGAUUGUAGAGCUGACACGGUUACCUACGACUAGAAUUGGAACCAGUUUUGUCGCUCAUGUACAUUGUUGUAUCAUGUGGUUCUCUCAAUUCAUAUUCACUUUUUUUUACUUAAUAACGUAAACAUGACAAAUCAACACAUUUGAAAAAAAUGGCAGCGGCAUGCUCAUAAUCCCUUGUUAUUUCAAGGAUUAUUUCGCAGGAUUAAUUGGUGUACUCAUCACUCAUGCUAUCAACCAUGGGUUCGGCCCAAACAUCAUUAUUUGCUGCCUUGAUAGCUGUAAUAUUGAUGACUGCUGCAGAAAACAAAAUUGACUCACUCACUCUGGGAAAUGUGUCCCAUAAUUAAAUGUUAAAUACACAGUGUAUCCUGCGAACUGUGAAUUGUCUACUUUAUUUUUCUUGUUGAUAAAUAUUUCAAUAUUCUGAAACACUUUGAAAAACCUUUUUAUAUAAUUUAACAAAAUGGCCACCACCAAAAAAACAAAUUUUAUGGUUUUCAGUAUUGACGGAUGAAAUAAUGAAACAAAACCACGUCAUCCUGUUGGUUCAAUAUCAUUUGAUGCAGAUCAAGACUACCUUGAUCAUAAGAACAUAUCCUCCUCAUAUCAAGUUAACACUGAUUACAUGUUUUCAUUGAGUGAGUGAGUACAUUUAUUUGUUACAAUUUGUACUAGCAAACAUUUCAGCAAUUGAGGUUCUGUCUCCUAUUUAUGUCCGUAUGAGAGUCUGUAUAUGUCCAUUACAUGUUUUAGUAUAAUCUACAGUACCUUAAUUCAUAGGCAUGCCAAAGAUCUGAUGCAGACUUUUUAUGUUAAAGGCUUUCAAACAUCAUAUGGGUAUUUUUUUAUGCUUUUCUUUAAAAAACCUGUUUAUUUAAACACAGAUAGUGGAACCAAAGAAUGUGCUAUUUUGUAUAAGUAACCCGCUGCUGUUUAAGAAAUAUUUUAGAAAGAACUUUAUGAUUCCACAAAUGCCUUGUUUUGUAUUUGUCAAAGGACCGUCCAUGUUUCCUCAGUAUUACCCCUUGUUGUAUGUCUAGUUAACUAAAUAUUUACGACUUAUUUGUUAUAUGUCUUUGAAUAGAAUGAAAAAAUAAACUUGUUGCAAUAA